AUGCUUUUGAAGUCAGGACUGUUCCUCACUUUGUGUUUGUUUACCCUCCAAGCAAGUCGAAUCAAAGACCUCCAUGACCACGGCCUCUCUGGACUCAGGGAUGUGAAGUACCGACACUUUCUAGAAGCCUCCAGGCCGAUCAGACACACCACAAAUGUCCGACAGGAGCAGGACGGACGUCGGACGAAGAGGUCAGCGGUCCUCUCCACAGGGGUCAAAGUGUGUCCCCAGGAGACGGUGAAAGCAGUCAUCAGCAGCCAUCGGACGUAUUACAAACUCAGAGUUUGUCAGGAAGCGAUUUGGGAAGCGUUCCGGAUCUUCUUGGACAGGGUCCCAAACUCCGAGGAGUACAGAGCCUGGGUUUACACCUGCCAGCAUGAAAACCUCUGCAUGGACGACCUGGCCCAGAACUUCAGCAGCUCUCAGGAGCAUCUGGACAUGGUGGCCCGAAGGGUAGCUGAGCAAGCUGAAAUUGAAGGAGAUGUUGCUGGAACCCCAGAGCCAGGAAGGGAAUGCACCUGGACACCGCCACUGAUCCUGCUACCAACUGAGGAAGGCGUGAUCCAAGAAGACCCCAACAUGAUAAAAGAGAACUAUGAGGUUUACAUUGUUGAGUUCAAGGUCACCAUCGUGGACCCGGUGUACAGCAAACUGCUCAGUGACCCGGAGGCCCCGCAGUACAGUGACAUCACACAAGAGCUCACAGACAAGAUACUUCAUGUGUUUGAAAAAAUUCCAGGAUUCAAAGAGAUUCGUGUUCUGGGAUAUCGCUCAGAGGAUGUGUCUGUGCGUUACGCCGUGGUCUUUAAUGGAGAUACAGAGCUCAACGAUGAACCUGAAGGUCUUGAGGAGCCUGAUAUGGAGACAGAUGAGGAUGUCAAUGCUCCUAAACUGAAGCACAUCAUCGUUAAGGCCUUAAAACAGGAGCCGUCACUACCGCUGGACAUAAAGACGCUCAGCUUUGAGGCUGUAACAACAGUUUAUCCGGUGGCGGAGCUCGGCAUGAACCCUGUAGAGAGCGUUGUUUCUGAGGGCGACACCACACAGGCGCCUACAGUGGACUCUGCUCCCACCCAAAGCUUCUUCCCCACUGUGGCAGUGAUAGAAAACUCUCUGGAUGCUUCCACAAUCAGACCAGAAACACACACCUUUGUGCCUUUCAUCCCAAACGUUCUCCCAGAAGCCGACAACGAUGAGACUCCUUUAAUGGCGGGAGUAGAGGAGGAAUCCACUGAGGGCACUGCUGAGGAGCCCAGAGACAUUAUACUGGAAGCUAUCACAGAGCAGGAAGAGGAGGCAGUGCCAGAGGUGGAGGAGAUACCAGCAGUCGAGCCUGAGGAUGGAGAACCCGAACCUGCUGACGAGGUCCCUGAGGAACAUCCAGAGCAGCAAAAUGAGGACCUUCCCUUGGCAACUCCAGACUUCCAGCCAGAAGAAGAAAACACUGAUGUACCUGCAGAGUCUGCAGGUCCCACAGUUACUGAGAUAUCUGUCAUAGAAGCGGCAGUCCCAGUCUCCACACCAUCAUCUCAUGAGAAGGCCGUCCAAGGCAUUGAACCAGAAACUGAACCAGAGACAGAUGCAGAGCCUUUGCCAUCCCCUGCAGAGAGCGGCGAAGCCCCCGAGGACAGGGAUGAAGCUAGUGGUGGACACAGUGGAGCGACCUCCGUCUCAACAGACCUGCCUCCUGACAACUCCAACAUUCAAGAGGAUGUUGGGUCAAGCCAGAACGGGACGGAGGCAGAGGUGACCGAACCCCUGGAGGAAGAGAGCGGUAGUGGAUUCCCCUCAGAGUCAGACGAACGUCCAUACGAAUCCACGGCUGCACCGGCCAUGAGACAAGCCAGCACCCCUCUGUUGACCGUAGUGGAUAAGAACAAAGAGUUAGUGGUUUUUUUUAGCUUGAGGGUCACUAACAUGAUGUUUUCAGAUGACCUGUUCAACAGGAGCUCCCCAGAGUAUAAAUCACUGGAGAAUACCUUUCUUGAGCUGACACAGCACUCUGGGUCCAGAAACUCGCCAAACCCUGGAGCUUCCAGUAAAUCUGGGCUUAGGAGACAGACAACUUUAGCCUCCAUACCGCUUCUGCCAUAUCUGCAGUCCAAUUUGACCGGAUUUAAGCAGCUGGAAAUUCUCAACUUCAGGAACGGCAGCGUUGUGGUAAACAGCAGGAUGAAGCUGGACAAGCCGGUUCCUUAUAACGUCACAGAGGCUGUUCACUGCGUGCUUGAAGACUUCUGCAGCGCGGCAUCUAAACGGCUCGACAUCGAGAUUGACAGCCGCUCCUUAGAAGUAGAACCAGCUGACCAAGCGGACCCCUGUAAGUUCCUGGCCUGCAAUGAGUUUUCGCGCUGCGUGGUGAACAGCUGGACCGAGGAGGCCGAGUGUCUGUGUGAUCCGGGCUACAGCACGGUGGACGGCCUGCCGUGUCAGAGCACCUGCGUGAUGCAGCCAAACUACUGCCUGAACGGAGGCCUGUGUGAAAUAAUCCCGGGGCACGGAGCCACCUGCAGAUGCCCUGUGGGUAAAUACUGGCACUACCACGGAGAGCGCUGCAGCGAGCUGGUGUCGAUGCCGGUGGACCCUCCGCUGAUCGUAACCUGCCUCGUGGGGAGCCUCUGCCUCGUCUGUGCCGUCAUUGGCGUUUUGAUUUUCAUCAACAAGAAAUGUGUAAACACGAGAAAGGCGGUCACUUUGGUGCACACCCUUGCUCCCUAUGCCUUUGAGAAUACUUUGAGGGUGAACCCCGUAUUUGAGAACGAUGACGGUGUCUUAACUCAGGUGUCCACGUUGCCAUAUGCUUCGAGUUCUGCCUCUUCCCAAUCCCAACAGUCUGAACAGGAACACUUUGCCUCAAUUGAAAACAUACAUCUGAGUAUCGAGAUCCCCAGACAACUCUACACAACCAGAUCCGAAAAGUUAGUCUCAGAAAUGGUGGACUUCCAUCACUGUAUACCACACAACGAGACGUGGCGACGGCCAAAUGAAUACAGAACAUGCUGCGUGUUAAGAGCAUCAGAUAACGAAUGUUUCGAAGUAACCGUUCUUUGAUGACACCCUGUUCGACCGAGGUCGCUGUUCGACCGAUUAUGGGAUGCAUGGUACAGUAGACCAGUGGAAAUGGUGUUAAAGUGUUGUGUUGUUGUUCAUAGUGGUUGUGUCUCAU